UUCCCACUUUCACUUCCUGUUUUACCUCACCUCGACCGCUCAUAAGUGCGAGCGCAGAUUGCAGGAUGAGCCAUCCGUAACACUCACCACCUCCAAUUUAUGCACGUCAAAAAUGGCGUUUGUCUACCCUGCGCGUUUUACUUUUACAAUCUAGAGCGCCUCUUAUCCUUAUAUAACCUAACGCAUCGUAACUCCGACCGGACAAAGCGGUGGCGAGUCUUCGAAGAUGAGGAAGCCAGACGUGAAGGUGGUGCUUCUGGGGGACAUGAACGUUGGCAAGACGUCUCUCCUGCACAGGUACACGGAGAGGAAAUUUAGAGACACCAUCAGCACCGUCGGAGGAGCGUUCUUCCUCAAACAGUGGGGGCCCUACAACGUCUCCAUAUGGGACACCGCUGGUCGGGAGCAGUUCCAUGGUUUGGGCUCCAUGUACUGUCGUGGUGCGGACGUUGUCAUCCUGAUUUACGACGUCACCAACUGGCAGAGUCUGGCCGAGCUUGAGGAGCGCUUCCUGUCCCUGACGGACACCGCCAACCACAACUGUAUUUACGCCGUCGUGGGCAACAAGGCCGACCUGACGGACACUAAAGCCCAGCUGUAUCAGGAGAUGAUCGAUGCGAAUCCAACAGAAUCCGAGGAGGACAGAUCAAACGUGCUGUCCGCUUGCCCCACGCCGCCCGCCUCGCCCGUGUCCAUCCCCAGCGUCACAUUCCCCAAGCAGGUCACUCGCGAGGACGCGUUGGCGUUCUACGGGCGGAUUCUUCGCUACAAGGGCUUGGACGAGAGGACCAGCCUGCCCGCGGAGAAGAUGAUCUUCGAGACCAGCGCCAAGACUGGCUACAAUGUGGACGCUAUGUUCGAGGCACUCUUUGAACUGGUGCUCCCCUCCAUGCUGAGGAAGAGGAAGGAGUACCACAGGUCUGACACCGUGGACUUGGAGAUGUGCAAAAAGGGCGGCGGAAAGCGAGGACGAUCGACCUGCUGCUAGGACCCAACCAGGAAGCCCCGCAGGAAGAGUUUUAACACGUGAUGGGACCGCUUAAGAUGUGAAUUGACAAAGAAACCACUAGCCUUGAUUAUGUCAAUGAUUUCUUCAUACUGUGAAGCAGCAUCUAUAUGACAAGUCAUCCCAAUGACUAAAAGUAGACGUCUGCAGAGAAUAAACACACUUUAGAAUCCAGAAAUGUAAUUUUCAUGAAUUACACCAACCUAAUUGCACUAAUUAUUACCAUGUAGCUAGCAUAGUACACUGUCUUAAAUAACACUUCUCAUUUAAAUGUUUUCAAUUUUCAGACUUAAAUCUUCUCUUUUCUUCAUUAACACCAAUUUAUUCUGUUCUGUAAAUGUCCUUAAGUUAAUGACACACAGCUAUGUUGAAAUUGUAAGUGUAAUGAGAAUAAAGAUUUUUAUU